UAUCAGCUCGCUGACACAUGAAUAUUAGUUACUACAUUAGCGAGUUGAUAUGAUUUUCAACUCUCAGAGUUCUCCUUUUAACAAAGUUAUCAAGAGAACCAAUCGAUAUAAACCAGUUACUUAAUCCUGAAUGAGCUAACUUGAAAUUUUUGUGACAGCAAAAGCGAAAUCGUAUAUAGGAAUAAUCCUGGGUGUAGUAAGUGCAGUUGUACUGCUUAUGUUGGCAGUUGUUGUUUUGAUCAUGCGAAAUCGUAAGGUGAAAAGGGAGGAAGAAUUACAUGAACUCCUGACAAUGGAGGGAUACACAGGAAGUUACGAGCUCGAUAACAAUGGUCACCAACUUAAGCUUUUCACUUACUCAUCCGUCAUCUCUGCCACAGACAACUUCUCCUCCAACAACAAACUGGGAGAGGGUGGUUUUGGCCCUGUUUAUAAGGGUAGAACAGGAGAAGGCCAAGACAUAGCAGUGAAGCUUCUUUCGCGAAAGUCGGGACAAGGCUUGCUUGAGUUCAAAAAUGAGCUCAUACUCAUCUCUGAGCUGCAGCAUGUCAACCUUGUCAAGCUUGUAGGAUUUUGCAUUCACAAAGAUGACAAAAUGAUUAUAUAUGACUACAUGCCUAACAAAAGUUUGGAUUGCUUUCUCUUCGGUCCAUCCGGGAGGGAGGCAGUUAGAUUGGGAGAAACGGUUCAACAAUCAUCGAGGGACUGCUCAAGGGCUUCUUUAUCUUCAUAA